GGAUUGUCCAAGUUGCAUUAUAUUGGAAUGUUGAGCUGACAUUAUGGAGGUGCCAGUGGAAGAUGACAGACAUCCACUCAGGGGCCUGAUUUUUAUCAGCAAAAAUCCGGAGAAACUAACUGACGACAGCGUCUCCUUCGAUAAUCGUCUCACUGGCAACCUGAAAGGCAUUUGCUAUACUUCAAUCCGCCUCAUAGGCAAACUCAGAGAUUGGCCACAAUUCUAUCCACCGUUCUUUAUGCUCAUUCACUGUCAUUUCAAGGUGUCUCUAACCCCGAGUCAUUGUUGACGCGAGGACGUGCAUCACCAUGGGUUCUAGUGAGGUAGUACAGACGGCAUACCCGCUCGCGCAGUUUCCGGUCGCCACGAGCGCAAUUAUAGUUAUUCUGGUUUCAGGGCUCUACCUCGCUUAUCAAUGGGCGCUGCCAAAACCGUUGCCGGGCAUCCCCUACAACUCUCAGGCCGUGAAGACCAUCCUCGGCGACGCAGCUGAGGUCCGACAGAUCCGCAAGAAUGGCGGAAGCCCCCGCGGCUGGUUCAACGAACAGGCUAGCAGACACCGGAGCCCGCUCACUCAGGUGUUCCUCGCGCCGUUGUCCAAACCGGCGAUCAUCCUCUCGGAGUACCGGGAGGCUCAAGACCUUCUUCUGCGGAGGAGCAAGGAGUUUGACCGGUCCCAGCGCAACUUGGACGCCCUGGCCGGCGUGGUCCCGCACCAUCACAUAUCGAUGAGAACCUCAGAUCCCCAGUUCAAGAGGAACAAAGAAUUGGUCAAGGACCUUAUGACCCCUCAUUUCUUGAACACCGUUUCCGCCCCACAGAUUUACAGACAUGCGUCCAAGUUCAUUGAGCUCUGGAGAUUGAAGGCGCAGAUGGCGGAUGGGCGUCCGAUUUUGGCCGAGAGAGAUAUCCAUGUCAUGGCCUUCGACAUCAUCAAAACUGUUGCCGUCGGCGAGGGCGACAACCAGAGCAUGACUGACCUGUACGUAGAAACCGUACGUUCCAGCCCUUCGGAGCAAAUGGGAGUGGGCAUCGACAAUGUGUUUGUGUUCCCCGAGAACAAGUUCCACGAGGACCUGGAAGCUCACGAACACCAACAAGGCGCCAUCGGCUCUUCUGCCAUGCAGCCUUCGCCCAAACUGUACCACCUAAUCCACAACCGCAAAUCCAUCAUGCGUGAAUGCUUUGCCCUCAAGAUAAACAUGCUGCGAAAACAAGUUGCCCUUGCGUUGAAACGCCACGAGGCCGGAGAGGAAGUCCAGUCGGCCCUCGAUUACAUGAUUCAGCGCGAGAUUGCCUCAGCCAAGAAAGCCAACAGACAGCCCGUCUUCGACUCGGCGCAAAUGUUCGACGAGCUGUAUGGCUACAUCGGCGCGGGACACGACACGACCUCGACGACUCUGCAGUGGGCGCUGAAGUACAUGGCCGUUCACCAGGGCGUGCAGCAAAAACUGCGCGAACAUAUCCGCACUGCAUUUCCCACAGCCUGUAGCGAAGGACGCCAGCCGACACUGGCGGAGCUGAUAAAAACGCAGGUACCGUAUCUCGAGGCCGUCCUUGAGGAGGUUUUGCGUCUCAAUGGCCCCGUGCGGACGGUUAUGCGCGAAGCUAUGGUUGACACUACCGUCCUCGGCCACUGGAUCCCCAAGGGCACGCAAGUCUUCAUCAACCUGGGCGGAGCCAGCAUCACGUCCCCUGCGUUCCCCGUCGACGAAUCGCUCAGAAGCGAGAGCGCCCGGGCGCACCCCGACACGCCUAGCUCAUGGGGCCAUGAUAAUCCGGGGGCCUUCGUGCCCGAACGCUGGAUCAAGACGGAAGACGGGGCCGAGAUAUUCGAUCCGCUGGCGGGACCCUUCUUGUCUUUCAGCUCGGGCAUACGGGGCUGUUUUGGUAGGAGGCUGGCCUAUGUGCAGCUGCGUGUCGUCAUGACGCUCAUGAUCUGGAACCUGGAAUUUGGACCUCUGCCCGAAGAACUCAACUCGUGGGAAUCUGUUGAUUCUUUAACGACGAAGCCGGUUAAGUGUUUUACUAGGCUUUCGGUGGCCAAAUGAUGAUUCAAUCUCAAUCCACUGGCUCAUCCACAUUCCGCACAAUGCCAUUGAAGACACGAUGUCC